AUGACUGGGAAGCGGUGGAACGACAAAGAAAUACACAUGGACCGCACUUACUAUUUUGUCAUGAACCAUCAUCGACUCAGUUUCGUUUUUUUUUUCAGAGUGCAGGAAAUUGGGAUGAACGAAUUUCGCAUUCCGCGCACUGAGGUUGUAUAUGGCCUGUUGCCGGGGGUCAGACUAGAUGUUGUUUUUCCGGGCUUUCCGACAAUGAAACGUAUUGAACACACAGCAGAACUUCGCUUUGCUGACAUCAAAGUGUUCCAGCAACCAUCAAAAAAGCAGUCAAUGAUUCUCAAAAUUCCGAAGAGAUCUGAUUUUGACAAGGUUGAUUUAACUUAUUAUGCACUUAAACAUGAGCUAAAUAUUUUUAUUUAA